GUUCAAUGAUCUCUGACUGCUCAGAUUUAGAAUCUAACUUUUUUCUUUCUUUCUGAUGGAGGGUGUGAUUCCAGAUAUACUACUCUCACUACUUACUCUAAAGUACUACUUGCCAUUCAUCGGUUCACGGAUCAGUACCCAACCAACAACCCGAGGCAAGCUGAAGAGUGGAGCUGGUGCUACUUUCCUUAUUAUCGGACCCAGACUCACUUCCCCUUCUUUUGCACUCUGGGUCUAACUUUGUUUUUCAACAACUUCUGGGAAGGAGUUAAUAAUCAUCGUAAUAAAAAUAAUAAUAACAACCACACGUAUAAUCUCUCAGAUCAUAUUAUUAUUAGGCUGGAGAAGUGAGACAGGAAGGGGGGUUUUGUUGUUUUGAUGUCAAAAGGAAAAGGAUUGACAAAUCUUCCCUAGACUUCUUCUCUUCCUUUCUUUUCUUUGCACUGUUCAUUCGUUUUCUCUCUCUC